UUUGGUUUCCGUCUGCAAAUUUGACGGAAGGACCAGCUCCGACGAAAAGGCUAUAGCUUUAAGGACCCAAUUGCAUAAAAAAAAUAAUUGAGGGACCUGAUUAGAUAUUACAUUAAUAAUUCAGGACCUUCUGUGCCUUGGACUUUGGAUGAUCUUGAAGCACACCACAGAUAUCGUCAGCUCAUCUGCAUCAGAUUGGUAACUGAAGAGACUUUGUCUUUAAAUCAAUUAUUGCGAGUCCCUCGUCUCAUCAUCUUCUUCAUUGAAGCCUUCAAAUAGCGUUCUUCAGUUCGUCGCCAUCACCAAGUACCUCUGUCUCUGUCUGUCUCUGUUCUUGCCAACAGUGUCACGACUGGACCUCCAUUUCUUGCUUUCUGAAAUCCCAGGUCGAGUUCUUCUGAACUUUUCGAUCCCGCUCUGUUCUUCCUCCUCCUCCUUGAUCUGCCACAAGUGAAAAGCCAGUGGCGUUUUCUGAAUGUCAGACUCGUGAGACUCCACAUUUCGAGGAAGUUUCCUUCUGAAACUACAAGUCUUCCCAUACAGAAGAAGAUUUGAGAAAUGGCGAAUCUCUUGGCCUCACUGCGUGAGACCAUGAAUUCUGGAUCGCACGGCUUCCUUAACGCAGUGUUGCCAUUGUUGAAGCUCCUCACUAUAACGCUAAUCGGUCUCCUCCUCGCUCACCCAAGAUUCAAAAUUGUCCCUAAGUCCACUUUCAGGCUGCUCAGCAAGCUCGUGUUCGCUCUGUUCUUGCCCUGCUUAAUAUUCACCCACCUUGGCCCCUGCAUUUCGUACAAGAGCAUCCUACGGUGGUGGUUCAUUCCCGUCAACAUCGUACUCAGCACUGGCAUCGGGUGCGUCCUGGGGUUCACGGUAGCACUGAUAUGCCGACCGCCGCCCGAAUUCUUCCGGUUCACUGUGAUCAUGACCGCGUUUGGGAACACGGGCAAUCUUCCUCUUGCGAUUGUUUCGUCCGUGUGUCACAAUGUGGAGAACCCGUUCGGUCCGGAAUGCUAUGGCCCCGCUGUGGCCUAUGUCUCGUUCUCGCAGUGGGUGUCGGUCCUGUUGGUCUACACUCUGGUGUACCACAUGAUGGAGCCACCUCUGGAGUUCUACGAGGUUGUCGAUGAUGGAGUCGAGAUCCAGGACAUAACCGAAGUAGAUGUGGAUAGACCAUCAUUCAAUGGGGAUGCACACGCAAACGAUCUAAGCAGGCCGCUCCUAGUCGAAGCGGAAUGGCCUGGAAUUGAAGAUAAAGAGACCGAGCAUUGCAAGACACCCCUCAUUGCAAGGCUGUUCAAUAGCUUUUCGGGCUUUUCGCACACCGCACUUCCAGAAUCCUAUCCGUCAGAGGACAGUGGUGAAAGCAGUCCGAAGUCUGUGAGGUGCUUAGCUGAGGCGAAGGUGAUUAGGAAGAUCAGAAUCGUCGCCAAGAAGACCCCGAUUCACCACAUCCUUCAACCCGCAAUCAUAGCAUCUAUCUUAGCUAUACUUGUAGGGAUGAUUCCUAAACUCAAGGACUUAUGCUUUGGAGAUGACGUGGCGCUUGGCUUCCUCACGUACAGUUUGGACAUCAUGGCGGGCGCGAUGGUUCCCUCGGCGAUGCUCGUCCUCGGGGGAAUGCUAGCUGAGGGUCCCAACAAGUCGGGACUCGGCCUCCGCACCACUGUUGGGAUCCUGGUCGCCCGGCUGCUGGUGCUUCCCCUGCUGGGCAUUGGUGUAGUACUCUUGGCCGACAGAUGGGGCUUGUUGAUGCCAGGGGAUGAGCUCUACAAGUUCGUGCUCCUGCUGCAGUACAUGACGCCGACCGCCAUGUUGCUCGGGGCGAUCGCGAGCCUGAGGGGCUACGCCGUGAGUGAGGCCUCGGCGCUUCUGUUCUGGCAGCAUGUGUUUUCUUUGGUCUCUCUGUUCGUGUACCUGACUGUCUACUUCAAGUGGCUUCUGUCUUCCAGUUGAAAUUUGAGCAGAAGGGGUCCAUUGAGAUGUUGGCCAUGAGCUCAUCUUUUUCGUUCAUCUCGGCUUUCUGAUAUUGCCCGAUUGAGCAUGUGGUGCCACUAUUCUUUGUUUGGGUUUGGAAGAUUAAAGCCUUGUUAGUUUCUAUAAAUUUAAAAUGCAUUUGGUAGCUAGAGGUGUAAUCGAGUUGAGUCGAGUGGAACAUAUAAGAUGCCAAGCUCGAGUUCCUCGACUAGUAUAUUCGGUACUUGAAACUCGACUCGAAGUAAAUUCGGUGACCAAAUCUUU